CCCCCGUGUGCAGUGUGUGCGGAGGCCUUCAACCCAGAUGACGAGGAGGAGGACACCGAGCCCAGAGUGGUGCACCCCAAAACAGACGAGCAGCGCUGUCGACUGCAGGAGGCCUGUCGAGACAUCCUGCUGUUCAAAACCCUCGACCAGGAGCAGUUCUCAGAAGUCCUGGACGCCAUGUUUGAGCUGCGGGUCCAGCCUCAGGAUCACGUCAUCGACCAGGGGGACGACGGAGACAACUUCUACGUUAUUGAGAGGGGCGUGUAUGACAUUGUGGUACAGAAGGACGGUGCGGGCCUGUGCGUGGGUCACUACGACAACAAGGGCAGCUUCGGGGAGCUGGCGCUCAUGUACAACACGCCCCGCGCCGCCACCAUCGUCGCCACCCAGGAGGGGGCGCUCUGGGGCCUGGACCGGGCCACGUUCCGCAGGCUCAUCUUGAAGAACAACGCGAAGAAGAGGAGGAUGUACGAGGCCUUCAUCGAGUCGGUGCCCCUGCUCAAGUCACUGGAGCUGUCGGAGAGGAUGAAGAUUGUGGACGUAUUAGGCAUGAAGCAGUUCUCUGACGGGGAGCGCAUCAUCAUGCAGGGAGACAGGGCCGAGUGUUUCUACAUCGUGGAGUCUGGAGAAGUCAAGAUCAUGAUGAAGAGCAAAACGAAGGCGUCCCAGCAGGACAACACGGAGGUAGAGAUCACCCGCUGUAGCAGGGGGCACUACUUUGGAGAGCUGGCCCUGGUCACCAACAAGCCCCGCGCCGCCUCGGCGUACGCCGUGGGGGACGUCAAGUGCUUGGUAAUAGACAUCCAGGCGUUUGAGCGUUUGCUGGGCUCCUGUAAAGAGAUCAUGAAGAGGAACAUCGCUCACUACGAGGAGCAGCUGGUGGCUCUGUUUGGCUCCAGCAUGGAUCUGAGAGACUGAGGACUUUCUCUGUGCCUUUAAACACACACACACAUUGACGAGCACCAACAUAGGCAUCGAGAGACACCCACUUAGCCUCUAUAGUCCAUCACUCAUGCACAUCCUCUUAGCCCAGUACACUCCUUUAUAAGCUCAGUCAUAGGUACAUGCCUACACACACACACACACUUGUCCUCUGUCUGUCUCUGGAUGAAUGACAUGCCCUGCUGCGCACACACACACCCUCAUUGGAGCAAGGACAAAACACACACACACCUACAGACACAAACAGGUUUCCUCCUUUCUGUCCCUCACGUGCACACAGACAGUCAUUUACACUUCUAUUCAAACUCAUUCAACCUCAGCCAAGGACACAUUCUCUCACACACACACACACACACACACACACACACACACACACACACCUACAUUUGCAAAAACAGACACCUGAAAGAAAAACGAAACAAACAAACAAAAAAAUCGAGAGUAAAAUAGAAACCUCAAAAAUGCACCAACAAAAAAAAAGAAAGAAAAGAUCAACAGAAGGUUUAAAAAGAGUUUUAGAAACAUUUUAUGGAAAAAAAGAAGCUUUGAUAAAAUAUUAUUUAAAUAAAAAAGUGUUUCCUCUUUGAGGGUGAGUUAUUUCAGACGCCCCUUCUGUUGUUGGUUCAGUUAGUGCAUAUGAUCGUUAUCACGGACACGUUCCUCUCCCAAUCUCCACACGUUGUAUUUGAUUCAUGUAUUAUUAUUAUUCUAUGAUGAUUAUGAUUAUAUAUAUUUGUUAUUUUGUUUUACUUUGACCAAUAAAGAACCAUCUCAGACAAAUGUAAAACAAAAGAACCUAAAAAACAAACAAAAAAACAAUAGUGCUUAUUUCUCCUUGAUUAUUCUGAAUGAGUUGUCCUGGAUAUAAAUAAAGCUAACAUUUUGUUAA